AUGUCAAGUGUUACAUUACCACCAUCUUCUUCAUCAACACAGACAACGCCACCCGUUGUUGGAGCAGAUGUAGUAGUAGUAGCAGCACCUACGACAACGACAACGACAACGACGACGACAUCAUCAUCAUCAUCAACACAGGCAACUCCAUUGUCAUUGUCAUCCAACAAUAGUCUUUCAUCGACAUCACCAAACAAUGCAGUUUCAUUGCCAGCAUCUCCUAUCAUGAACGGAGGUGGAGGCACAAAGCUUACAACACUACACAUUGAAGAGAUACAAGGCAAGAAUAUCAAUGAAAAGGAUGUCUUUGUAAAGUUUAAGAUUGAUGGCAAAAAGUACAAGACAAAGACACACAAAAAGACAAAUAACCCAUUUUGGAGUGACAAGUUUACAAUAACAAGUACGAAUAAAUUGGAAGAGAUAACAUUUACUAUCAUUAGUCAGAAUAUAUUGGGAAAUAAUGUAAAAUUGGGACGUGUCAAGUAUCCAUUGACAAAGAGUAAUGCUACUUCUACACCAAGUCCAGUUAGAAAGAGUGUCAAGAUCAACGCUUCAGAUGUGUCAUCGGCAUCAAUGACACCUGCAUCACAAUCAACUACAACUACACCAUCCCAAACACCUGCCAAUACAAGUACACCUGAUAUGGCACCUACAAAUGGAAAUACUAGUCAUAGUAGUAAUAAUAAUAAUAAUAAUAAUACAACAGAUAAACCAUUACCUGCAAUACCAAUAGCGGGUACAAGUUCAUCAUACUCUGAUACAACUAGUGCAUCAAUGUCGGAUACAUACGAUAGUUGGGUGAUUGACUAUUGGAGUGUGGUUGAAAAGGAAAAGAAUAUGGAUAGAGUGCUAGAGUUGAAAUUAAAGAUUAUUGUUAAGAUGCGAGAGUUGUAUUUGGAUACCGACACGAAUAGUGGGGCGUCAAUGCCCGAAGAUACUAGUAGCAACUCGAAUCUGUCUAUUGCACCGCCAUCUCGUAGUCCCCGCGACCAGGUUGUUUCACCCAAGGAGAUGUCGUUUAUUGGCAAGGGAGGUAGCCAGAUUAAAAAGUUUACUAAAAAGCUGACAUCCAAGAUCGAGGGAGGGUCGUCCACCUCGAGCGGUGGAGCUUCUAGCAACACUCUUGGAGGUCAUACAGCCAAACCAGACGCGAAUCGUUCGAGAAUCGGUAUACCCACCCAACAACAGCAACAAGCCAUCGAGGAACAAAUUGCAAAAGAACGACAAAAGGAAUUGGAAAGAGAAGAAAAAGAAAAGGAAAAGGAGCGAGCAAGAGAAAAACUACGUCAACGUGAAGAAGAGGAAUUGCAAAAACAACUUGAAAAGGAGAGACAAGAGGAACGACGAAAGGCAAAAGAAGCCAAGCAAAAAAAAGACAAGGAAAAGAGAUACGUUCCAACUCGUCCAAUCGAUUAUUUCUUUGUGUGUGGUAUAUCAAACAAACUUGAACCAAUCGAUCAACGUUAUGAACAUGCCUCUUCCAAAGCAUUUGAUCCAAUGGAUAUAGUUUAUAAAGGAGAAUUAUUUGAUUGUUUUCCACCAAAAGAUGACGAAAUUUUACCAAAUCAUAUUUGGAUGUAUUGUUUUCCAAGAGGAUUACAAUUACAAUUUGAAGAUAUUGGACCAUCAUUUUUCCCUUUUGUAUUAACAAAUGAAACUGGAGUUAGAUUUUAUGGAAGUUGUUUAAUCUUUUAUGAACCAAUUGGUGAGGAAAUGACAUUGGAAAUUAAAAAACGUCGUAAUUCAUCUGCUUCUCAACAACCGCAGCAACAACAACAACAAACACAACAAAAUGGUAAUAGUAAUGAUCAAACCGAUGGUACAGAGAUUGGAGAUUCAUCACAAACACCCAAUAGUAAAUCAAAACGUAUUAGUACUCCACCUCUAUCACCAAGUAGUACUCAACAACAGCAACAAAACCAAUUGGUAACAAGUGAUAAUGGUUCAACUGGCAGUGGCAGCGGUACUAGUGCUGGUACUAUUCCACACUCUCUUUCAUCGGGAGGAUUGGUGGCUAGUGGCAAUUCACAAAUCUAUGCACCAAAAUGUAUUUGUUUCUUGUCUCACUACCCCUUCUUUUCAUUCUUUAGACUUACUCUAAAUGAAGUCUAUCAAAAGGUUUUCUUUUCAACAACACCUUUACCCAUUGAAAGAUACAUUUAUAAUAUGGUACAAGAAGUCCCACUUCCAACACCAGGUUUAUCAACUGUAACAUAUAAUUUAAAUAAUUCAAUCAUUUCACUUAAAAGAUCAUCAGAAUAUCUUUUACCAACUUCAGAUUUACCAUUUUCAUUAUUAUUUAAAUGCUUGGAUAUUAAAAACGCUUUAAUAUUAUUUAAAUCUAUUUUAUUGGAAGAGAAAAUUGUUAUCAUAUCAAGUCAUUACUCCUUAUUAACUUAUAUCACUGAAAUAUUAACUACUCUAUUACAUCCAUUUACUUGGCCACAUGUUUAUGUACCAAUUUUACCAGAAUUAUUAUUAGAAUAUGUUUAUUCACCAUUUCCAUUUAUUAUGGGUGUUCAUAGAUCAUAUUCACAUAAUAUUCUAAAUGAAGAGAAUUUGUUGGGAGAGAUUGUUGUGGUCGAUCUUGACAAUAAUAUUGUUUUGAUUCCACCACCACAACAACAUACAGGAGGUCAAGUUAUUCAGUUGCCAGAAAAGGAGACAGCUCAACUCGUCAGUCAAUUGCGUCGUGUUGUACAAUAUGAAAUAUUGUCUUCUGAUCUGCCCAACUUUAACCUAAACACUCUUACUCCGAUCAAUCCAUCGUUCAAUACCGAUUCCUCUCGUAGAAUUCUUUCCAAUCAACCAUUGUCGCAAGUGUACCAUCAUCCUCCAACCGUACCAGCCAACGUUGAUGAUUACAUUAGAUUGUCAUUCCUUCAAUUCUUUUGUCAUAUCCUUUCAGACUAUAGAAAGAAUCUAAAGUAUCUAAGAGUUUUCCCAAAACCAAUUACUCUAUUUGAUAAGAAUGAAUUUGUUAAAUCAAGACCUGGAAAUACUUCUGCAUUUUAUAAAUCAUUUAUUGAAUCACAAUCAUUUAGUUGGUUCCUUGAUCAACAUAAUUGGCCAACUCGUAAUUUAUUUGAUUAUGUAUUAGAGACACAGAAAUACAAGAAACCAAUUGACGAGUUGGUAGCAAGUUAUCAAUCGUCGAUUCCACAGGCACUUGGUGUAUUGGAUCCAGUCAAACAAACGACCAUUAGUGCUCCACAACCAUCUUCGUUGAAAUCAAACUCUACUUCGAUUCGUGAAUACACUCGAUUCCCAUCACUUAAACACGAGUUGAUGGUUACAUCGCAGCCAAGUAGUACUAAUGGAAAUGUAGGGUUUGUGACUUCAUUCAUCACUGGUAGAUCAUCCAACAAUUCAACACCUGCUCAGUCUCCACCUGCAUCUCCUCCAUUUGACGUGUACACUACAUCACUCAAGGAAGAUGAGAGUGUUCCCAAUCCAACAGCCACUACCGGCAACCCAGAAGAUUUCAAAGAGUUUAAUAUUAUCGAACCAAGCUUUGAAGAUCAACACAAGUCGUUUGUCACCAUUGUCGAACAGUUCUUGUCAAAGGUAUUGACCGAUGUAUUGCCCGAACAAUCUGAUAUCCAACAGAUUCUAGAUCUAUUAAACUUUGACUAUGGGCGUCAGAUAUUUGGUCGUCUCUUGUUGAGUCAUCAAAAGGGGGCUGGUACAACUGGACAAGAGGACACUGCAAGCCGUUCAAGACUGAGCGAUCAGUUGUUCUACUGUCUUGGUGAUAUUCUCAAGGCUGCUUUGAGAGAGGCCAACUUACACUCGGACUUCCCAGCCACUAGAAUGUAUUUGGAGGCUAGUUUUACAUACCAUCGUUUGCAAAAGGGAUCCAACGAGUUUAUCUCGGAGCGUAUUCGUAACCAAGACGUGUGGCAAAACUACAAGUUUUGGGAGCAGUUCUUUUUCGAUACGCUCGAGAUGCGUUGCAAGGCAUUGUAUGGUAAUGUCGUUCGCGAGAUGAUUAAAUGGGACUCGUAUAUGCCCGACAAACAAGAGAGAUUAAAGGCAGAGGAACGAGAUAUGGAGUUUUCGUUACUAUCCAAGAUGGUCUACUACAUGAUCAAUCUAGGAUCACGACCUGAUUUGGUACGUCGAUUUGUCAACAAGAUGUGCUCGGGUAUAAACUUUGACCAUGAGCGUACCGAGACUAUGAUGCAGGUAGUUAGCAACAUCACUCGUGCACGUGACAUGUACGACCAAGACGACCAAGACAACGACGAUAACAACCACUCUGGCGACAAGCAUGUUGACAAGGAUCUCAAGAUGACAUUCAACAAAGAGUCGUAUCUACCAAUUGGACUGUACUCGCAAAAGCCAAACGAAGGUAGAGAGCUGCUCAACCAUCUCAUCGACGAAAAGAGUAACAGCAUUGUUGCACUACGUUCACUGAGCAGAAUCAUGAAUCUCAAGACUGCCUGGAACGAAAAGCGAACCACCACUAGCCACAGAAUCGACUAUCGUGACAUUUCUGAAAACAGAGGAGACUAUGUCGUAAAGACAUUUGCAGGUCAUCAAGAAGGUGUUCUCUGUGUAGCCGUCCUCAAUAACCAGUCGUCACACAAGGAAAGCUCAGUUGUCCUAACAGGCUCGGCGGACUCUACUCUCAAGGUGUGGGAUAUGACCACAACCAAAUGUCUUGGAACACUUGAAGAUCAUGGUGGUUGGGUAACCAGUUGUGAAAUAACUACAGACUCUAGAGCAAUCUCUGGAUCAUACGAUAAAACUCUUAAACUUUGGGAUCUAAAUGCUUGCAAAAAGAUUAAAUCGUUUAGAGGUCAUAAAGGUUCCAUCAGUUGUUUACAAGCAAUUGAUAAUCAUCAAAUUGUUUCUGGUUCUUAUGAUAAUACAAUAUGUAUAUGGGAUGAUAGAUCAAAUAAACCAUCAAGUGUAUUAUCAGGACAUCAACAACCUAUUAUGAGUAUUAUAGUAGAAGGAUAUAAUAUCAUUUCUGGUAGUAGAGAUACUAAUAUUAGAAUUUGGGAUGUUCGUACAUUGACAUCAAAGAUACUUUCUGGUCAUACGGAUUGGGUAAAGUGCCUAGAGUUUGGUGGUGACGUAUUACUUAGUGGAUCGUGUGAUGGUCGUGUCAAGGUUUGGUCAGUGGCCAAUCACGAAUGUAUAAAAACCUUACAGGGACACAGUGGAAGUAUAAACUCGAUCCUCAUGCACGAAAUGGAUAAUAACCAUAGAAAGUUUAUUACUGCGUCUGCUGAUACCAAUAUUUCUGUUUGGGAUAGUAACUAUGCCGAACAAACACAUACUCUAUCCGGACACAGUGACGAGGUCAUGGCAGUAUCAAACUUUAUCAACGACCUCGUAGUCUCUGGUUCAUACGAUGGAUCUAUUCGUCUAUGGGAUGUAAACAAUGGCAAAUCACUUCGUACCAUUCAUAAUCACUCGCAUAGAAUAUCAUCACUUAAAACUUAUGAUUCACUCAUUGUAACUGGUAGUUGGGAUAAAACUGCUAAAGCUUGUUUAUUUAGUUUAGAUUUUAGACAAUAG